AUGGCCGACAAGAUCGAGAAGAUCAAGGGCGCAGAAACGCCCGCCGACCUCUCCACGGCCAGCACGCCCGCCGCCGACAGCGUCUACUCAAUGGACCCCGGCAAGGACGAGGACUUGCUCUCCAAGAAGGUCUUUCUCGCCGACCUCACCGCCAAGGGCCAGGCGCUCUACGCCCACAAGAACUACGACGAGGCCUGCGAGGUCUUCUCCCGCGCCAGCGUGCUGCAGGCCGACAUCAAUGGCGAGACGGCCCCCGAGAACGCCGAGAUCCUGUUCCACUACGGUCGCAGUCUUUUCAAGGUGGGACAGAGCAAGAGCGAUGUGCUAGGUGCCUCCGCGCCGCAGACAGAGCCAAAGAAGGCCAAGAACAAGCCCAAGAAUGGCGAUGCGAAUGGCAGCAAGAAGGAUACAGAAGCUAAGACCGAGGAGGAAAAGGUGACGCAGGAGGGCGUUGGCAUCGUCGCAGAAGAGAAGGGAAGUGCAUCCAAGACAGCGACCGCAAAAGAAGAGGGCAAGCCAGUCAACAAGGCACUCUUCCAGUUCACAGGCGACGAAAAUUUUGACGACGAGGACGAGGAAGAGGACGCCGAAGAGGGUGACGAGGAGGACGACGAAGACGACGACGACCUGGCCACGGCCUUUGAGAUUCUCGACCUCGCGCGCGUCUGCUACACCAAGCGCCUCGAGCAGCUCUCGAGCGAGGAACAGGAAGCCCAAGCCAAGGGGGAAGACAAGGAGGCAGAGGGCACCGAGUCGGCGGCAGUGAGGCAUGUCAAGGAGCGAUUGGCGGACACCCACGACUGUCUGCACGAGAUAUCGCUGGAGAACGAGAGGUUUCCGCAGGCUGUCGAGGAUGGACGCACGGCGCUCAAGUACAAGCUGGAGCUGUACCCCGAGGAGUCCGAGAUCAUCGCCGAGGCGCACUACAAGCUCUCGCUCGCCCUCGAGUUUGCGUCCGUGACGACGGCUGGAGAGGAUGGCACCACGGCCAAGCGCGAGGACAUGGACCAGGGUCUGCGGGACGAGGCUGCCAAGGAGAUGGAGCUUGCGAUCCAGAGCUUCAAGCUCAAGCUCAAGAAUAGGGAGGUCGACAUUGCCGAGUCACUAUCGGCAGAGGACAAUGAGCUUGGUCGCAAAGACAUUGGCGAGAUGAAGGAGCUCAUUGCCGACAUGGAGCAGAGACUUCUCGACCUGCGGAGCGAUCCGAUCAACACCAAGGAGAUGCUCGGCGGCAGCGAGAACCCCCUCGGCGGCAUCCUGGGCGCCGCCCUAGGCGAGAACUCGGCGGACGCCAAGGCUCGCAUCGACGAGGCAAAGAAGACGGCUAACGAUCUGACCAACCUCGUGCGCAAGAAGAAGCCCAAGGAGGAGGCGCCCGCCGAGGGCAACGGCAAGCGCAAGGCGGAAGACGAAGCCGAAGAUGGGGCUGCGAAACGGGCCAAGACUGAAGAGCCCGCCGCCAGUGCCCAGUAA